GGAGUGGAUGGAGUGGGAGAAAAAUAAAAGAUAAAGAAGAAGAAAGAGAAAGAGAAAUAAGAGAGGGGGAGAGAGAGUGUAGGUGUGGUGGUUAAUGUUUGGGGGUAGCAAAGUGAGUGUGUGUGUGUUUGUAUUAUCUCCUGUAGCCAAGAGAGAGAGAGAGAGAGAGAGAGAGGACGUGGGUCAGUGAGACUGAGACAGCUAGUUCGCAUGUUCGGCCCACAGACAAGUAAAGGUAUUUUUCAUAUGCUGUUGUGUCUCUCUCCAGACUAGAGGGAAAAAUCUUCUCUCCACCGGCUUUUCAUACACAAACAUAACAUAUUCACUGGAUAUAUAUAUUAUAAUAUACACACAGACACACACACAUAUAUAAACAUUGUCUACAACUUCAAUACUUUCACAUAUAUAUAUAUUUAUAGUAUAUAUACACAUUGCUUUCAACAAUAUUUUCAUACAUACAUACACACAUAUGUUGUAUAUAUGUACAUUGCUUUUAGCAGUAAUAAUUUCAUAUAUACACAUAUAAUAUAUAAAUAUAUGUUAUAGGGUUUAUAUUUAUAUGUAUAUAUAUAUACUUUGAAACUGAAAGAAAAAUAUUUUACCAUAUACAACUUUGGAGCAUUAACGCCAACCACCUACUUAUACAUACCUACACUUGUAUAUAUCUCUUAUACACAAAUACACACAGAAAAUAUAUUUAUAUAUAUAUGUAUAUAUACAUACAUGUGUAUAUAACAUACAGAGACCAGAAAGUUAAGACAAUCCAGAAGAUAGAGACAGAGAGAGAGAUAAAGAGAAGAGAGAAAAAGAGAGGGAAGUAAAUAAACAAGACUCAGACAGAGUGAGAGAAAGAAGAAGCAAGGACCGGAAGAAUAAAGAAGAUAGAAGAAGCGACAGACGGAGGUGUUUGGUGUUUCCUUCCUUUAAACUUUCUCCGCCGCCACCGCUGCUGCCAUCCUCAUCUCAGCCUCCACAUCACAUCAAGUGUUUGUCCUUUUACAUCAAGGUAUCUCCCUUUUAUAACAAGUUAAAUGGAUCAGUUGCUGAAGUUCCUGUUAAAAUAGAGAAUUCAAAUAUUUAUUUUUCCCUGUGAAGAGUAUUGAAUCCUGUUCUGUUGUUGUUCAUCCAUCUUUGAGUCAAUUCGAGGUGAAAUUCUCUAGAAACAUGAUGGAUAAAACUAACCUGUCAAAAAUAACCGAGGAAGCAAUCAUUAAGAAAAGUAACGAGGUAGCAACAUCUGACCGACCUCCUUCACAUGCCAUUGCAUAUGAAAGACAAUUUGCUCAACCCUACACAAUACCAGCAGCUCAUCGGAGACCACCGGCUACAAGCCCCAAACCACCACCACCCCACUUUACACAUCAGAUCUUGAGUAACCAAUUCCUUCAGCGUUGUUACUUAAAGACACAUGGAUUAUUUCCAACAAAUCAGAAAAUCUCUAUUGAUGAUAUUUACGGAAAACAGUUUAUGCCGAACUGUUUCUUAACCCCGUCGUCAUUACAAGAGUGUACUGGAGAGAACGGCUGCGCCAUUACUAAUGGAGUUCUUGAGAAACAACCGUCACUUGCUGCUGAUGUCGCAGAGAAACGGAACAAUGACUGCAAUGCAAUUGCUGGCAAGGAGAACAACUGCAGCGAUACUUACUGUAAUGCUGACCCCAUCCAUAUUCAACACAAACCCAUGGCCCUCUUCAAGAAGGACCUGACGUCUACCAGUAUGGUGAGUCGUAUUUCUACAUCGGGUCACCUUCUGUUGUCAUCGCAAACAGUGCCAGAUAAACCAUUCCAUUGUGAUCUGUGUCCCAAGAAGUUCACAAGAAGGAAUACGUUGCAGAUCCAUAAACGGAUUCACACGGGUGAGAAGUUGUUCCAGUGUAACUAUUGUGCCAAACAGUUUGUUCACCGAGACAAGUUGCAGAUUCACGAGAGGACACACACAGGAGAGAAACCAUUCCACUGCAGUUAUUGUCCGAAGCAGUUCUCCCGCAAAGAUAAGCUGAAGAUUCACGAGACUGUCCAUACCGGUGCAAAACCCUAUCACUGCGAGUUUUGUUUGAAACAGUUUUCACGAGGAGAUAAACUCCAAAUACAUCGAAGGAUUCACACUGGAGAAAGACCGUUUCCUUGCACCUAUUGUGGCAAAAGAUUCAUUCAAAGAGAGAAACUGAAGAUUCAUGAGAGAAUUCACACCGGAGAGCGUCCUUUCUCUUGCGAUAUUUGUUGUAAGCAGUUCUCUCGUGGGGACAAACUCCAGGUUCAUCGUAGGACACAUACUGGGGAGAAACCCUUUGCCUGUGACAUUUGUCCCAAAUCUUUUGCCCAAAAGGACAACUUGGUCAUCCACAGACGUACUCACACAGGUGAGAAACCAUUUGCUUGUGAGAUCUGUACAAAAUGCUUUUCCCGCCGUGAUAAGCUGCAACUGCAUCGGAAAAUCCACACAGGGGACAGACCUUUUCAGUGUAAUUAUUGCCCGAAACAGUUCAUCCAGAGAGAUAAGCUUAUGAUACACGAAAGGACACAUACUGGAGAGAAACCUUUCCACUGUGAUCUUUGCAGCCGGCAGUUUGCCAGAAAGGACAAGCUUCAGGUCCAUCGUCGGAUUCACACUGGAGAGAAACCUUUCCACUGUGAAUUCUGUUCCCGUGAUUUUAAUCGCAGUGACAAAUUACAGAUACACAGACGUAUCCACUUAAAUAAUCUCAACAGCAACAACACACCUGACAAGAGCCACACCGAACCCUGUGAUAUCUGCAUGAAGAAAGACUUGCUUGUGCAACAGCAGAGAAUGCAGGUCAGCAACGGCACCGAGGACGCCCACAUAUUGGCCAUGAAUAACCACGAGAGCAUCAUUACGGUUCCUGCUGUUGCUCAUCAGCACAACGAAGAUCAUUCAGCACUACACGAGUGCCAUGUUUGUCUGCAGAAGUUCCCGGACAAGGAAGCUGUCCUGCUGCACAUGAAGAUACACACUGAACCUCUGUUGCAAUGCGACAUGUGCCCACGGCAAUUUGCGUCUGCACUCAAGCUGCAGAGUCAUCAGAAGAGUCAUGGCUCUGUGAAAAACAAUUUCUUGAAGCCAAAUUCUUGCAAAAGUUUAAGAGAGUAUACUCCGGUUAGCUCUAUCCUCUGUCCCUGGUGAUUGUACACUCUCUUCAAUAUAUAGAUUUAUUAUGUGUCUCCACACACACACACAUAUACAAACAAAAGAUAUAUAUAUAAACUUGUAUACACUCUUACAUUUAUACAUGUAUGCGUGUAUAACCU